CCCUGCGGCCUCCGGUGACAUUCUCUCUGGCGCUGGGGGCGUGGAGUGGCGUCCGCGCGGCUGAGACCCAGCUCCUUCCGGCUGCCCAUGCCCCAGCUCCUAUCCCCCAAGUGGAGGCUAGGAGGGGCCUUGCGGUGUCCAGGCUGCUGUAUUGCCGAAGACCUUAUCUAGUUCACCCAGUCUUCCAGACCAUGUGCUCCAUGCUUUGAGACCAGGACAACCUUGAUGUUCUGAAAUGAAGAUGGAGACAGAGGGAAAAGCAGAACUUGUUGAUUCAGAAGUUCCACCAAAGACUUCUGAAAAGCAAGAAAUUGCUCCUGAUGAAGAUGGACCUAUAGAACUCGAGACACAAACUCAGAAAAACAACAUGCACACUGCAGCAGACUCAGCGGUGCUUUCUUCAAUGCCUUGCUUACUGAUGGAACUGAGGCGAGACUCUUCAGAGUCUCAGUUGGCAUCUACAGAGAACGAUAGGCCAAUGGGUGGUCGAGUUUAUGAGAGUGACUCUUCUAAUCACUGCAUGCUUUCCCCUUCCUCCAGUGGGCAUUUGGCUGACUCAGACACGUUGUCUUCUGCAGAAGAGAAUAACCCCUGUCAAGCUGAAGCUACUGCAGAGGGAGACCCUUCUGCGGUGUCUGGGGCUGCGGUCGGGAGGAAAUCCAGGAGAUCCAGGUCUGAAAGUGAGACUUCAACAAUGGCUGCCAAGAAAAACCGACAGUCUAGUGAUAAGCAGAAUGGUCGAGCUACCAAGGUAAAAGGUCAUCGAAGUCAAAAGCACAAAGAAAGAAUCCGGCUCUUGAGACAGAAGCGGGAGGCAGCUGCUCGCAAGAAGUACAACCUGCUGCAGGACAGCAGUACCAGCGACAGUGAGCUGACAUGUGACUCAAGCACGAGCUCAUCAGAUGAUGAUGAAGAGGUUUCAGGGAGCAGCAAGACAAUCACUGCAGAGAUACCAGAUGGACCUCCAGUUAUAGCUCACUAUGAUAUAUCAGACACAAACUCAGACCCAGAAGUGGUGAAUGUGGACAAUCUGUUGGCAGCUGCAGUAGUUCAAGAGCACAAUAAUUCUUUAGGAAAUCAAGACUCAGGAUCUACCUGGAGAACCAGAGGGCUGCUAGAGGAAUUGAGUGCUGAUACAGGUCAUUUGGAUCCAGACUUCCUUGCAGGUGACAAAAUAUCUUUAAGUAAUGCCCAGAUCAAUGAAGAAAUUAAUAUCGCUUCUUCUGAUAGUGAAGUAGAGAUUGUUGGAGUUCAAGAACAUGCCAGGUAUGUGAUUCCCAGGGGAGGUGUGAUUCAGAGUGUGUCUUCUUGGAAGCAUGGCUCAGGCUCACAAUGCAUUAACACUCAGCAAACACAAUCAUGGACAGCAGUGACUCCCCAGCAGAGCUGGUCUUCACCCCCAGAAGUAGUAGACCUCACUUUGGAUGAGGAUCCAAGACGCAAAUAUCUACUGUAAUGCAGUGUCCCUUUGUUUCUGUCCCCACUCCUUCUCCCCUUUGUGGCACAGAAGUUCAUUGUUAAAGCUUCCGCUUCAGAAGCUCCCUUUUUGGCAUUACAAAAUUCAAACUCAUGAUCUUUUUCAUUUAUAUAAGAAUGUAGUAUGAUUUCAAUAUGAUUUAAAAUGGUUUUGCCUUCUCAAAGAAGGAUUCCUCUCAGAAUUAAAACCUAAUAGCACCAAAUUUAAAACACAUCUACAGUUACUAACAUGUGUGUUAAUCUGAAAAAAUAACUGUGUGCACUUAUGUCCACCCAUCCUUUCUCACCUCCAACUUCAGAACAUUUUUAAUUUAUCAGUAUAUUGAAUUUAUUAGUAGAAGUUAAUGUUUUGCUGUGUGAGCAUCAGUGAUUUUGAGAAAUGCUGUGUCCUCACUGAUUUCAGUGGAACUGGGGGUAUUUAAUACUUCUGAAAAUUGGGCCAAGAGUAUUUUUACCCAAGCUGAUUUGGUUAUUUUACCAGCAGGAGGGACUGUCUUUAAUGCAAAUGGCCCAUAACAUAUGCACUGAACAGCUUUUAUUUUAAGCAUUUUUAUUUUCAAUAUAAUUUAUAGUUUACACUUCAGUUCUGAGUAUUCUAUCUAUUUGACUACUGUGUUUCACUGAUCAUUUCCGAUGGCUUGUCAUGGUUUAAAAUAGUAAUAUUAGUGACUUAGUAGCAGAUGAUUAUGGCAAAAGCACAGGAAAAAGAAAAGUAAUAAAAAGGCCCAGCAUCCCUCUCUUUUUUAAAUAGACCUAAUUUUUUUGGCCUAAAUCUGAGUCUGCCUGGAGUAGAAGGAGAGAAACAAAACAUUUUGCUUGCAGUGCUCAUUUCUACUGUUAUUUAUUUGCUUCAUUCACCAUCUCAAAAAAAACCCAACCCCAAACAAAUUCCAAAAUCCUAGUCUGGAAAAGCACUUUAGCAGCUGUGUAGCAUUCAGCAGGGACAGUUUGCUGAAACUGGAUGGAUCAUUCAAGUGCUUAAAACUCUGUCCUAAAAGGUGUUGCAGGAUCAGAACUUAAGGUUGUGACUUUUUAAAUUAUUAUUAUUUAAAAUAGAUCUAUACUAUUUUCCUGGCUUUAGGUCAUAUUUCUUAUACUAGUUUUGGAAUUGUUUUUUUAGGUAUGCUUCAGGAAACAUUUUCUACCAGAAUAUUUACUGAAAUCAGCAGAACUACUUACUUUAGCAGGCUGUAGUUUCUGUAGUGUAUAUGGAAAUUCCUGCCACUCACCUGUCAUUUUGAGCCUUUCUCAAGGCAAAAACCAAAGAUUAGAUAUUACAAGAUUAUAUUCACUUUAAAUGUCUAUUGUGCAAUUAAAACAUUCCUUUGUAUUCCAGAUGUUUCUAGUGGGAAUUCUGUACAGCUCUAUCAUCAGAUUUUCUGCCAUUUGAGGCUAAACAGGUAGUAAUGAGGACAUGGGAAGUUCUGUUUUCUUUUUGUGUUGGCUGGUUUCUAAAUUUUAUUUGGCUGCCAAUAAUUUUAUCUUCAGGCAAAAAAAAAAAAUCAAACAGUUCAGACUGCACUUUAAAGAACAAUUAGGUAAGGGAUUGAUAUUCCAAUUUCAAGCUUUCUAAAACACUGAAUAUAAGUAUAUUACAUGGCCAGAAAAAUGCAUGUGGUGUUUCUAGUGACAGAUUUCUUUCUCUGGGGGAAGGAAAGAGAGAGGGAGGGGAGUGUGGAUAGAGCCUAUUCACACUGCAGUAGGGAAAAGCCCCGUGCUAUUUGGGCACUAUAAUCAGUAGUGGCUGUUGAUCUUUUCUCCUUGUAUUUUAAUCAUGCAACUCAGCCAUUGUUUUAGUGGGCUAGCACACAUUUUGUAACAGUAACUUUGUAAAACAGGAAAAAGCAGCCACAGUAUGUCACUGUUUCAAAGUCUUUUGAACAUCAGUUAUGAAAAAAGUUGCAGAGACCCAUUUGUAGUUCUUCUAUGAAAAAUGCAGACUAAUUCUCUUGUUUUUCAGUUUGUAUAUGAUGUGACUUCCAUGUAUAUAUAUAAACAACUGCAUCUUAACCAAGCUUACUCCAAUUGUGCACUGUGUUUGUUUAAAAAAAUCAUGCAUUGCAGUCUGAUGCAGGUUUUCUUUUAUUUAAAACACUACAUAUUUUUUCUUAUUCUUAACAAAUUUGAAAGGGUGAUGAGUAAUCUGAAAACUGCAAUCACUGGAUAGCGAGGAAGUGGUUUGGUUUUAAUUUUUUUUUUAAAUUUUUUUUAAUAAGAGCAAAAGGUGCCUGUGUGAUUUUGUUCUUCUCAGCAGGAAAGAAAUGAUAGCUAUUGUAUGGCUAAGAACCAAUGCACUUGGGCCUGAUCCAGAACCUAUUGUAGUUGAUGAGGGGCUUUCCAUGAAAUUUAGUACGCAUUGGCUGAAGCUCUUCAGGGUUUAUCAGUUCCUGAAUUACUGGACUGUGAACUUGGAAUCUUCUAUAGUGAAAACAAAUCAUUGCUUAGAAUAUAAAUGCUUAAAAUGUGCAACUCUAGUUAAAAAUUCUAGAUUGUUCUCAACAAUCAUUAUUUAGUUCUCAUUUUCCAUCUAGUAUUUAAUGGUCUUUGAAGAAAAAAAAAAUAAUAAAACAGAGUGAUAUAUAUAU